UGGCCGGUAAAGCGCAUGCGCAGAUAGUCGUGUGUCAGUGAUGUUUUAGUUUUUUCGCCAAAUUGUUAAAUUUAAAGGUGAAACGCGGACGGAAUCAGCAGCGAUGACGGAAGAACAACAACAGAACAACAACAACAAGGGUUUCCGUCUGCCGGGGAUCCAGAGCAUCCAGAACACGCCGUGUGCCAGAGACUCCAUCCUUCACGGGGCCGGAGGCUCACUGGCUGCUGGCCUGCUCCACUUUCUAGCCACCAGUCGGGUGAGGAGGUCUUUUGACGUCGGACUUGGAGGAUUCAUGCUCACCACACUCGGCUCCUGGUUUUACUGCAGGAUCAACAACGCAAAGACUCGUGUGCAGCAGAGGAUGAUCCAGGACGGCAUGAAGAACAAGAUUUUGUACGAAGGAUCGGUUCCAGACCCCGUAAAACAGGCCAGAGCAGAAACGCCAUCAAGUCCUUCGUGAUGGCUGGCACUGAAAUUCUUCCCCGUCAUCUGCAAGAGCUUUGAAAAAGAGAGGAAACAGCAGCGGCCGAACCUUAUCACCUAAAGAUCUGAAAUCUCCUUGUUUCUCCAAGGUGACGUCUUCAUCUUCUGCAUGUACAGCUCCUCUUCUUCAUCCUGAGACAUUUGUAUUAUUCCACGUUCACUUCCAUCACGUGUUAGAAACCUCAUCAACACGUCCACUCACCUUUUGUCCUGCUGUAUUCUCACACAGACAGUUUGAAUUCGCGGAACAUAUCAGUUGAGGGCAUGUCUGAAAACAAACUCUGGUGUGUCAGUGAUUUAUUUUUUCUGUGUGAAGCUACUUUCACUAAAUGGUGUGAAAAAAAGAACCAUUGUGUCAUCAGUCUGUGAUGUUGCUGUAUUUCAGUAUCUGCUGUGACUUGUGGUCUGACUCAGUUUACCACUGUUAUUAUGUUCUGACUCCUCUCAACCAUCUAAGCUACGUCUCAUAUAAUAAGUACUAAAAAGGACUGGGACACAGCAGCAAUGUAUCAACAUGCUUCAUCUGAGAUAUUAUUGUCUUUACUGCAAACCCUUUGAAAUUCAUUGUCUUCAUUGACAAACAAAUUGCUCGUAUUUUUUUUUCUCUUCUGGAAAAAAUGAAUCUCUACGGUUUAAGAAUGAAAAUCAGUGACACAUCAAACUUCAUCUGUUUCAUUUCUCAAACCUCUCUAACCCUUAAAAUGUUGCUGAUUUAAACCUUGCUUUUCUUUAUCAUUAAUAUGUUAAACUUGAAGUUAAAAGAAAAUAAA